UAAAAUAUUUAAAUAUCGAGGCCCUUCUCUCUAUCAGUUGCAUUCCAGUAUAUACAACAAGAAUUAUUCAAUCAACUGUAUACAAAUGAAAAACCCAUAAAUCAAAUUAGUAACCUAACAAUUAAAAAGAAAUAAAAAUCAGUAACAUAAAAGGAAAAUGCAAGAUUUGCUCGUUCGUUAGUUCAAUUUGUUAUCUGCAAACCAACUCGAUCAAAAUAAUUUAACUCCGGGCCUAAAUUAGUAUAGACUUGAGACCCAACACAACAACAAGGCCAAUGCCAUCAUCAAUCCAUUUGCUUCUAAACUCCACGCCCACAACACAACAAACAACACUGGCAAAUGGAAGCAACAGAAGUUGCACUGCAGGUAGCCAUUCUUUUACUAACCCUAGCAAUGUUCAUAGCAAUCCAGUAUUUCCCCAAACAAGCCCUAACAAAACUCCGAGCCAAGAACCGAACCUCACUCCAAGCCAAUCGUCACCUGAUCCAAGCCACCCACUUCCUCUCCAAAGCUAAAUCCAUACCUCAUAAUAAUAAAUCUCAAUCUCAAACCCUAGCUAGAAACGCACUCUUAGAAGCCGAAUCGGCAAUCUCUCUCUCUCCUAGAGACCCAGCCCCUUUAAUUCUCAAAGCACUUGUUCUCGAUCUACUCGGCCACAAAGGUUCUGCGCUUAAAUCGCUUGAUUUAGCGCUUUCUUCGCCGCGCGUAAAGUCGCUCGAAGGGAGGGAGCGCGGGGAUGCGCUUGUUAAACGAGCUGAGUUGAAGACGAGCGUGAAUCGGAGACGCCGAGUUGACUCCGCGAUUGAGGAUUUAAGGGAAGCGGUCAAGCUGAGUGGGGAAAGUGAGAGAGUGUAUUGUUUGUUGGGUCAGUGUUAUGAGUGGAAAGGAAAGAAGGAUGAGGCUCGAUGGGCUUAUGGUCAGGUCUUGAAGGCCCAUCCUGGGUCCGUUCUGGCUCUUGAAGGUUUGGACCGGUUGGGCUUGUAAUGUGCAUUAACACUUUGAUUAUGUGUGGUGUGUGAAUUACAAUUAUUCAUCUUGUAAUGUAAUGCCAUGAAAAAGAAGUGGGAUGUUUACACAAAUUCCCUUUCUUAGUGUUUUUUUUCCAAUGCUAA